AUGGGAAACUGUUGCAAAGCAGCCUCGUCAAUGGAGUGGGGUGGAGAGGAUUGGGAAUCUUUGAGACCAAGGAAGGAGCCAAAGCCAUGUUGUUCAUCAUCAUCAUUAUCAAGCAACAAGGUAUUUUACGAAGCUGCUCAUAUGAAGAAGAAAAAAGAAGUGGCUUCUGCAGAACAAGUUCUUGAUCGGUUAAUAAAAUCUAAAAAGCAUCGCUUCAAUAGUCACUGGAAACCAUCGGUUCUAGACACUAUUCCUGAAUAUUGA